CCCCUCGGGUGCCCUCAGGGGGGCUGCGGCUUCCCGCCCUCGCCCUCCGCAGGCCUCUGGGGGCGACCGUCCCUGCCUGCCCUCACCUCCCCGGGGCUCCUCAGGGCGCCCUUCCCGCCCGCCCUCACGCUCCUGGGAUUACAGAGGGCGCCCUUCAAGCCUUCCCUCGGCCGCCCUCGCCUCGGGCUGCCCAUGCGUUAGCCAAAGCACAGCUGUCCCUCUUUCCCGGGGCAUCGCUGUGUGAGGGUCUUGAGCCGUUGGGUGCUCCUUUCUCCUGAGGGUCUCCUGUGCACUUACCCUGGGGAGCUUUUCCCCUGCCCUGUUCCCAGUCAGGAGCUGCAGAGAAGGAGGGCAUGAGGGGGGCCCUGGUUCAUCAUCAGAAUGAACUGUUCACAAACAUGGAGCACACCCCAAGGAUCUGAGAGUGCUCUGGGAAAUGAGAAACAAAUGGAGAAGGAAGAAGCCGGUUUGGUAUGUUAUUGCAAGUUAUUUCAAACACCAGGUGAGCCUGAACGUCUGUGUAGUAGUGUGUAAUUCUGUGAUCACAAGGAAGAAGCGCAUCCUGCUCGCUUGGUGUGCAGAGCCACCCUGCCUGUCCCUCUGCCCCUGGGCUUAGAUCCUUUCAACAAGCGUGAAGUUGGACCUCGAAUGUGGGAGUUGCAUGCUGUGAUUUACUGCUAUUGCCUGAAGCCUAAAGCUCUGAUUGAAAUUUUCCCCUUGCAUUCACCUGAAGAAAGAGCAAAAUCCCCUUGCAUGAUGUUCAUGUAGCACAGCACAGAGGGCAAACACUGCAAUGAAGGCGCUGUCAUUGCUCUGCAGUUUCAAGUCACUCUCUGGAAAGCGCACAGACGCCUUACUGGCAGACCUGGAAUCAACCACCUCGCAUAUCUCCAAACGACCAGUAUUUCUCACGGAGGAAACUCCUUACUCCUACCCAACUGGAAACCACACGUACCAGGAGAUUUCUGUGCCACCCCCGGUGCCCCCGCCACCUUCCAACGACGCCCUGAAUGGCACCGUGAUCGACCCCUUAGACCAGUGGCAACCCAACACACCCAGAUACGGCCACCAGCAGCCUCAGUCCCAGUCUCCUAUAUACAGCUCUAGUGCCAAAAGCUCCAGUGCCUCCGUUCCUAGAGACGGGCUCAACUCUCCUACUCCCCGUGCCAGUGAAGAGGAACACGUCUACAGUUUUCCAAACAAGCAGAAGUCUGCGGAACCAUCUCCCACAAUGACCAGCUCCUCUCUGGGCAGCAACCUCUCAGAAUUGGACAGACUCCUUCUGGAACUGAAUGCUGUUCAACAUACUCCUGCCAGUGGCUUCACAGCAGAUGAGGCUGGCAGAAGCCCGUCACUGCCCAGUGUGGCUGGCCCUCACUAUGUUGUCCCAGAGAACAGCAGCUCAGGGGGAGGGAAGGCUGCACCCCCAACAAAAGAAAAGCCAAAGCGAAAUGGUGCACGUGGGAUUGAAGAUGUGCGUCCCAGUGUGGAGAGCCUGCUGGAUGAGCUGGAGAGCUCCGUGCCAAGUCCAGUGCCUGCAAUCACUGUGAGCCAGGGUGAGGUGAGCAGCCCCCAGCGUGUCACUGCCAGUCAGCAGCAGACCCGAAUUUCUGCUUCUUCAGCUACACGAGAACUGGAUGAGCUGAUGGCAUCCCUCUCUGACUUCAAGUUCAUGGCGCAGGGAAAAGCUGGAAGCAGCUCCCCUCCAUCCACAGCCUCCAAGCCUGGCAGUCAGCUGGAUACCAUGCUGGGAAGUCUUCAGUCUGAUCUGAAUAAACUGGGUGUAGCUACAGUUGCCAAAGGUGUCUGUGGAGCCUGCAAGAAGCCUAUUGCUGGGCAGGUAGUUACAGCCAUGGGGAAAACCUGGCACCCUGAGCACUUCGUCUGCACCCACUGCCAGGAGGAGAUCGGGUCUCGGAACUUCUUUGAACGGGAUGGGCAGCCCUACUGCGAGAAGGACUAUCACAACCUCUUCUCUCCUCGCUGCUACUACUGCAACGGGCCCAUCCUUGAUAAAGUGGUGACGGCUUUGGACAGGACAUGGCACCCUGAACACUUUUUCUGUGCUCAGUGUGGAGCUUUCUUUGGACCUGAAGGAUUUCACGAGAAGGAUGGCAAAGCCUAUUGCCGCAAGGACUACUUUGAUAUGUUUGCUCCCAAGUGUGGAGGCUGUGCCCGGGCUAUCCUGGAGAACUACAUCUCUGCCUUGAACACCCUGUGGCACCCCGAGUGCUUUGUCUGUCGGGAAUGUUUCACCCCGUUUGUCAACGGCAGCUUCUUCGAGCAUGACGGGCAGCCCUACUGCGAGGUGCAUUAUCACGAGCGCCGCGGCUCGCUCUGCUCCGGCUGCCAGAAGCCCAUCACAGGACGCUGCAUCACUGCUAUGGGCAAGAAAUUCCACCCAGAACACUUUGUCUGUGCCUUCUGCCUCAAGCAACUCAACAAAGGAACCUUCAAAGAGCAGAACGACAAGCCCUACUGCCAGAACUGCUUCAUCAAGCUCUUCUGUUAGAGGCACUAUAGAUGGGCGCUCAAGCAUCUUUCUGCCACCCCCUUGGCAGUUCUGUCUCUCUGAACAUUACUGUGAUUUAGGAACCUUACCAGGCAGGGGAGGAGGGGGGUGGGGGGUGGGAAGUGCUGCUAUGGAGAGGCAGUAGAUCCAGAGAUGAGAUGGACCAUUAAACUGGAAAUGCCCUUGCUGUGUCUCAGAAGAGAGAGGCUGACAUCCCUCAUUACGGUGUGUGUGUGUCUGUGUGUGUGACUGACAGCUGAGCUUAGCUCGAGGGCUCUAACAGGGAGAUUUUCCCAGCCCCCUCCUGGCAGCAGAAGGCUUUGCCAGUACAUUUCAGCCUGUGUCAGCUCUCUGAGCAAACGGUGACACUUGCAGACAACACGACCCUCUGCUUUGACACCUCAUUCUCUGGCUUUUGCCUGCACAGCGAGGCCACCCUGGCUCUCCUCACAGAGUUACAUGGUGUGUGUGACUUGCUGAGACUAGAGCAUCAGCACAGGCAGCCAAGACCUUGCAAGGGUCUCUCCAGUUCCAUUACACUGUAAGGAGAUAAUACCACUUAAAUCUUUUUUUAAUUAAGAGGAAUCCAGAUAUUACUGUGUGGGGUGUUUUUCUUUUUUUCCCUAGUUUGUUACUCCCUUUCUCAAUGCCUUU